CCGGUGGAUGAUGUAAUGCUUCCAUGUGGAAACAAAACUCACGAAAUUUCUCAAAAUUUUCAUUUAAAUCCUUAAAUUCUUUAAUAAGAAGAGCAUUUGCUAGCCAGACAUACUCAUCUGCUGUUGAUACGGCCCCUGAGAUGGCUUCACACGCGCCGGAGCAGCAUAAUUUUCCCAAAGAGGAGGAGAGAAUUUUGGAACUUUGGAAGAAGCUUGAUGCCUUCAAAACAUCACUAAAACAAUCCGAAGGUCGUCCAAGGUAUACCUUCUACGAUGGACCCCCGUUUGCCACAGGAUUACCACAUUAUGGUCAUAUCCUGGCUGGAACCAUUAAGGAUAUUGUUACACGUUAUGCUCAUCAGAGUGGUUAUCAUGUUGAGAGACGCUUUGGUUGGGAUUGUCAUGGUCUUCCUGUGGAAUAUGAAAUAGAUCAAAAGCUGAAUAUCAAGAGUCCUGAAGACGUUGCCAAGAUGGGUAUUGCUCAAUACAACAAGGAAUGCCGAAGCAUUGUUAUGCGUUACUCAAAUGAUUGGGAGGUUAUUGUCAAUAGGUUAGGAAGAUGGAUUGAUUUUGAACAUGACUACAAGACUCUCUACCCAUGGUUCAUGGAAUCAGUUUGGUGGGUGUUCAAACAGCUGUAUGAAAAGAAGCUUGUCUAUAGAGGAUUCAAGGUCAUGCCAUAUUCGACUGCAUGUAAUACUCCUCUGUCAAAUUUUGAGUCCAACCAGAACUAUAAAGAGGUGGUGGAUCCUGCAGUAUUUAUUAGCUUCCCACUCGACGAAAAUCCAGAUAUCAGUAUGAUUGCCUGGACAACAACACCUUGGACAUUGCCCAGUAAUCUUGCCCUGGUMGUCAACCCUGACAUGGAAUAUGUCAAAGUUAAAGACAAUACCACAGAAAGAUUGUAUAUUAUGAUGGCUGCAAGACUAGAGGCUUUAUUCAAAACUCCAGAAGAAUACACAGUUCUAGAAAGAUUCAAAGGUGAAACUUUGAAAGGAAAAACCUACCAGCCGUUGUUCCCCUAUUUUAAGGAGAUGAAGGAGACAGGAGCAUUUAGGAUCCUAACGGAUGGGUAUGUCACUGACGACAGCGGUACAGGUGUGGUACACUCUGCACCAGCCUUUGGUGAGGAUGAUUACCGUGUAAGCAUAGCCAAUGGUGUCAUUAAGAAAGGAGGGAAGCUCCCCUGCCCUGUUGAUGCAAAUGGGAAGUUUACAGGUGAAGUCACUGAUUUUGCAGGACAAUAUGUCAAGGAUGCUGAUAAACAUAUCAUCAAGUUAUUAAAACAACACAACAGGCUUGUACAUCAAUCCACAGUCAAGCACAACUACCCCUUCUGCUGGAGGUCAGAUAGCCCAUUGAUCUACAAGGCAGUGCCAGGCUGGUUUGUCCAAGUUGAGUCUUUUGUUGAAAAGUUACUUGCCAACAAUCAAAAGUGUUACUGGGUACCAGAAUUUGUGAAAGAGAAGCGAUUCCAUAAUUGGCUACAGAACGCACAUGACUGGAAUAUUUCUCGUAAUCGAUACUGGGGUACUCCUAUCCCUCUGUGGGUCAGUGACGACUAUCAAGAGGUUGUGUCUGUUGGGUCCAUCGAUGAACUAGCAGAACUUUCAGGGGUGAGAAUCACAGAUCUUCACAGAGAAAGUGUYGAUGACAUCACUAUCCCAUCCAAGACUGGUCGAGGGGUGUUGAGAAGAGUCAGUGAAGUCUUUGAUUGCUGGUUUGAAAGUGGAAGUAUGCCUUAUGCACAAGUCCAUUAUCCUUUUGAGAACAAAGAAGUAUUUGAACAAUCCUUCCCUGCAGACUUCAUUGCUGAGGGUAUUGAUCAGACUAGAGGAUGAGAUGGAGCAAAGAUGAGUAAAAGGAAGAAGAAUUAUCCAAAUCCUGUAGAAAUUAUUGAUAAAUAUGGUGCAGAUGCUCUAAGGUUGUACCUGAUCAAUUCUCCUGUAGUCAGAGCAGAGACACUAAAAUUCCAUGAAAAAGGUGUCAAAGAUGUGGUUAAAGAUGUCUUCCUUCCUUGGUACAAUGCUCAUCGCUUUAUGGACCAAAACAUUAAACAGUUUGAACGGGACCACAAUGUGAAAUUCACAUACAAGGAGUCCAACACGCUGGCCUUGAACAACAUUAUGGAUAAAUGGAUCUUGUCCUUCACCCAGAGUCUUGUUCAGUUUGUCCAUGAAGAAAUGGCAGCUUACAGACUGUACACUGUUGUUCCAAGAUUAGUGAAAUUCAUUGAUUACUUAACCAACUGGUAUGUGCGAUUUAACAGGAAAAGACUGAAGGGCGAGCAGGGUAAAGAUGAUUCUCUACAAGCCAUACAGACACUGUUUGGUGUUGUGCUCACCAUCACUAAGCUCAUGGCUCCUUUUACUCCUUUCCUGACGGAGCACAUCUACCAAAGCAUGAAGCAAUACAUUGUCUUCGAUAAGGACCAGUCAUACACAGAUAGUGUUCAUUACUUGAUGCUACCAAAGACAAGAGAGAACCUCAUUGACGAGAAUAUUGAGAGAGCUGUUGCUAAGAUGCAGUCUACCAUUGAGCUUGGCCGUGUUGUCAGAGACAGGAAGACAAUGCCUACUAAGUAUCCUUUGCCUGAGAUUGUGAUCAUCCAUCAAGACCAGCAAUGUCUAGAUGACGUCAUGGCCCUUCAAAACUACAUCAUGGAGGAACUGAAUGUUCGUAAAGUCACUGUGUCGUCAGAUAAGGAGAAAUUUGGUGUUCACCUACGUGCUGAGCCUGAUAGUCAAGUCCUGGGAAAACGACUUAAGAAGGACUUCAAACAGGUUUUCCAGGCUGUUAAAGAAUUGUUAGACGCUGAUCUUCAGUUAUUCCAAGACAUGGGUGAGUUGACCGUGUGCGGCCAUGUCCUCUCAGGUGAUGAUCUCAAGCUGAGUUACACUUUCGAUAAAAAUGGUGACCGACCUUCAUCCUACGAGGCUCAUUCAGAUGGCGAGAUUUUGAUUCUUCUUGAUGUGACCCCGGACCAGACGAUGUUGGACGAGGGACUCGCCAGGGAGGUUGUGAAUCGCAUUCAGAAGCUGAGAAAAAGGGCUAAUCUGCUUCCAACCGAUGACGUCACAGUUGUCUACGAGGCCCUUGCAGCACCACAACACCGUUUGGGUGACAUUAUCAGUGCACAUCAGGAGUACAUUACUAGCAGUAUUAAACAGCCCUUACUAGCUGCGCCUUUACCUCCAUUGACUGAAAUUAUUCAUGAAAGGACUGAGGUUAAAGGAGAGCCGUUAAAGCUGUGGAUCUUACGUGGACAUAAGAAAGCAGACAGCUCCACUAACCCCUCCCCUGUCUGUCGCUUUGUCAACGUGGAACUGUGUGGGGUGGAGCCUGGYAAUGGGAUCAAAAGUCGAAGCGCAACAGUGCUGUUAGAAAACCCUCAAGGAGAUUUUGAAAUGAGUAUUGAACGACUUCAGAACCAGGUAAAAGCAAUCUUUUGUUUGGAUGGUAAGAAGAUUGAGCUGUCAACCUCACAAUCUUGCGACAAAGUUCUAAAGCCUGCAGAAUUGAAGAAAAUCCACGGGACUACACUCUACGCGUUUGCUAGGAAGUAAAAUAAAGAAUCUAAGUAUUAACAGGCAUUCAUUGAUCUGGUGAAAUACUUCAGAAUUUGUUUUUAUUCCCUGUUAAACGGAAAUCGAUAGUAACUCGUUCAAUACAGCUYYAAAUCGAUGUAGCACCAUCCCCUCMCCUGCUCCUGUUUCCCAUCCCUUACCCUACCCCGCUGCUCAAAAUGCAGUUAGAUUAUCCUACAUAACAUAUCUCAUAGCUUUACCGCGGAGCUUAUAAUCGUGAAAAAAGGCUUUGUUAAGUUUUGCUUGUUAUCAGAGCUGAAUGCUAAUGAAUUAUAAGACGAUAGUUUUAAAAGAUUAACGAGUUUUGAAAUAUUUUCAAA